UUAAAUUACUUAGACGUUACCAAGCAACAUCAUCGCUCUCGAUCAAGAAAUCUUUUUAAAAAGAUAGGAAUUACACAUUAUACGUGCACAUACUGAUUAAAAUCAUGAUAUGAUCGAAUUCUGAGGUGACAAGAGCUAGAGCUUGAAAUUAAAAUGAUGGCAGAAACGAAAGCUGUACGGGUAGUACCCUCUGGACAUAUCUACAAACAGAUAUUUGAUGCUCAAGUACAAUUGGUAAAGACUUUGGAGCAGAAUGAACACCCUCGUCAGCAGUCUGAGCCUAAGACCUCAUCUAUUCCCCUGGUUCAUGAGAACCGUGCAGAGAUGGGCAAGAGUCUGCUGCCCUCUAGAGAUAUUGAUUGGAUAGAGAGUUUGCCGAACAACCAGCUAACAGAAAACCCGGUCCUUUACAGGCAUUCUGUUGAGACUGCUGAUAGGAAAGCUACGGAACCUAGAUCGGUCAUCGCGGCUAGGGAAGUCAGAGGACUCGCUGAUACUAUCGAAGCAGAGAAACUUGGAUCAGAUAUCAUAGAGAGACUAGCUGAGAGCAGGAGAGUAAGACACGAUGAAGCUACCGAAGAUCUGCAUCAUGAAUUCACAAUCAUUUCAAAUGAUAUUGAGCCCAAAAUAGCAGCUGGUGGUGAAUUUUUGAUCAAGAAACUUGAAGAUAAUGAUAAAGAAAUUGACAAGAUGCUUGCACUGAUAGCUGAUGAUGAUGAUUUGAAAGGUUAUGCUCUCUCAGAGUUAGUGAGUCUUUGGGCUCAGGUAGAAGAGCAGGCAUGGAUCCGUAGAGAGUACAUUGAUGAAAUGGACAUCGCAUUAAAUGUCCUGGAGGAUGACAGGCUGGCUAAGCUGAAAGAUAUCCUCAAGACGUAUGCUAAGAAGAUGGAGGACAUAGCUUACUUGAUGCCUCCUGACGUCCAGCGCCUCAUUGAGAAGGAAUCAACCGUUAUCAAUCAAACACUGCUCACAAACAGAAGAGCUUACACAGAUCUUCACGCUAGGUUAAUGAAGACUGAUAUUGAACGGGAUAAGAAUCACAGAGGCAUCUGGGAAGACAGGCUAGCGGACUGGCGUAAACUGAACAUUGAGAUUGCCGUUAAGAAGUUCAUGGACUUCAUGCAGAGUGAAUGUAUUGUGAAUCCGUCAAAGGUCAACGCACUACUGGAAAAAAUGCACCAUGAGCAAGUUCAACUAAACAUUGAAAGACUCCAGAUCCUAACAAAACUCAAUGAGAUGAAGCCUCCCAAAUCGACCAAGACAGCAGCGUAUCAAUGGAACAAGGAGAUUGUGAACUCUUGCCAGCGUAUUGAACAGCUUCAUGUAGCCUACCUAGAUGAGUUACAUACAGAGUAUGAACAGGUCUGCAAGGAAUGCCUGGACAUGGUGGAAAACUUUCAGACCGAACUACUGGAUGCUGGAGUCUGUACAGAGCUAAAGGUCGUGGAGGUCACAGAGGAAAGGAUUCUGCCAGAGGUUGGUCUGCGCCAGGUCUCGUUUGAGAAGGCUCUGGAAGACAUGGAUCUCUCUCUUGAGAGGUUAGCAGAGCAUCACGCCCAGGAGCUACGAUCACUCUUCAAAUUCACCCAGGGUGCAGCUCACCUCUGGGACGUCCAUGAGAUCAACCUGGCUAAGAAAGAGCGCCACCUUCAGGAACAACUGGAAGAGUGUCGGAGAAAACAUGACAAUCUCAACCAGGACAUGGAGGCUAACCUAGACAUCUUGAUGGACAGACUGAGACAGGAAAGCAGUGAGGAAGCUCUCAAAACAACCAUGGACAAAGCUCAUCAAAUGCUCCACAAGAUUCAAGAAAGCUAUCUGCAUUUCUAUCAGGACCAGGAACUGAUCGUCCAGGACUAUCCUGGUAUGGUACAGGAGGAGCUCCAGCGCUAUGACGGCUCUCUGUGUAUCUUCUUUGAGGUUGAUCGGGUGGACCCACAGGAGAAACAGGGAAAAAGGAAGAGCAGCAUAAAGAGCCAAUCUCAGGAUUCACCUAGAUCAUCUAGGGCAGGUAGUCAGGCCGGUAGUCAGGCUGAUAGUCAGGCCGGUAGUCAGGCCGGCAGCAAAGCAGCUAGCCAGGCCGGCAGCAAUACAGAUAGCAAAGCAGGUAGUCAACCACAGGACCCCCAGUCUACCAAGUCGUCUCCAACCAAGUUGGGUUCUAGUCCGAGAGACACCAGCUUAAGGAAGACUGUCCUUACCUCCUUAACCAAAAUAAGGGAGUCUUCUGCCACCAGUGAGGAACCUCCCGUUGUCACUGAGGUGCUCCUAACAACAAACGGGACAAACUUCUACGUCUUAACGGUUGCCGGGGAGCAUGGGAUCGUAUCAGAUGGGGACCGGAAUGAAGAUGGGACGGAGACGGUGUCUGGGGAGGAUCAACCAGCCUAUCUAGCAAAUGUUACCAUCCCGCAAGAAACAUUGAAGAGCAUAAGAGAAAUAAUGAGGAUGUCCUUUCUGGAGCAUCUAGAGGAGUGGAUGAUCUAUGCAGUACAGAGAGCACACAGUGUAGUAGCUGCUAAGACCGAGGAGCUAAAGAGUGAGUUGGAUCUGAGACUGCACCUUCAUGAGCCUCGUUCACAUCGCACUGAGCUUGACAUCCAUAACGUACGUGCCGCUGAGCUUCUACUUCAUCAGGAGCGGGUCACCAAGCAUUCUAAGGGUGUCUCCUGUGCUCUAUCAGAGGUCAAGCAAAGAUUCUCUGCUAUGCAGAAGGAACAUGAUGGUGUGGUGGAGAGGUUCAAGCAGGAGAUUGAUACUAUGGAGAAUGUGUUUGUGCAUGCUUCAAGAUCAGCUGACUUGGUGUCCUUAUCUCACCAAGUGAACACCAAGGUAGAGAGUCACAUGGAUGUGAUCAGAGCAUCCCUAAGACAGUUCAGGACAUACCUGGAUGAUACUCUACAGAUGCUCAGAGAAUCUAAUGCUAGGUUCAUCAAGUCUUUCAAAUUGUUUUCUGGUGGUGGUAAUUUUUCCCCGGAGGAGGUAGAAGCAUACAAGAAGAAGUUAGAGAAGUUAGCGACUAAGAUUGAUUCAGCUGAAGGCUUUGUGAUGGCUGACUUAGAGGGUAUGGAGGCAAGGAGAUUAACGCAAGCUACUGAUAUAGCUGGCAAGUUUGAAGACAGGUUCAAGAGUCACCUGUUUGAUCUGACCUUCAUUGAGAAGCUGAGUAGAUGGCUCAACAACACACAGGUCAAGAUCAAAGGGGAGGUCGCAGAGAGUAAUACACAGGCUCAGACACUCAUGAGAGUGCUUAACAAACUAGAAACUAGAGUGGAUGCAUGUGAGAGACCCAAUCAAGACAAAGAGCAAAUAACUCCUGGUGAGUUACUUGAGACGCUACCAUCUAUCUUCCAAGCGUUUGAUGAGAGAGCACAGUACCUGAACUGUGCUAUACACCUGCUCUUAAACGCCCCUCCACUUCAUCCUGCUCCAUUGUCUAGAGGCAAUCAAAACACAACUGCAAAGGUUGGCUUUAGUGGUGAGCAGCAGCAGGGCCCAGGAAGCCAUCAUCCAUCUGGUACAGCCGUAGCCCUGACUCCUAUCACGUCUACGACUACAGCAGCUCUUAAAGCAGCUAAACUACAGUCGGAAGAUGCUGCCGUCUUGGUCAUCAAGAAUAUCCUGACAUCGCAGAAGAACAAGAUGAAAGGCCAGGAUGAGGAGACACCAUUGACCACUCCAUCUGUAUCAAGACCAUUAGCAUCCCAGCCCACCUCUACUGCCGGUGACGCCCAUGGUAAAGGCGUGGCUAGACCCCCUGCUAAGCCUGUGGAUAAGGAUAGGUCAAAGGUCAACAAUCCAAAACGCACCACCUCGAUGACCUCAGAUCAUAACCCUAGAAGGAGCGCUUCCGGAACUCAAAAGAACAAGAAUAAUGGUCUCAAGUUUGAUCCCAAGUAUUACAUCUUUGGAGAAAAGCCAGAAAAAGAAACUCACUUGUUAGCUGUUGUGAAGAGGACUUUACAAGAUGCACUGGAUGGCCUACUUACUACUGCUGAUCUGUACUACCGACAGAAAGGCAGUCGUGCUGUGACCCGACCUCAAGCCAUCCAUGAGAUCUUUGAGCAGUGCGCCGAUGUGAUUGUCACUAAACUACAGUCUUACUACAAGCAGGCUGAUGAUUAUCAUAACCAAUGCUUACAAGAAUUCCGUGAACAGCUGGAGAGGCUUGAGAUUGAGGUAGCCAAGGUCCCAUCACUGGUUAUCAAACAGCUUCUCAAACAUCACAUUCAGAAAGCUAGUGGAUUGAUGAAGCAAGGUGGUGGACAGUUCACACAGAAACUAGGACAGUGGGAGAAAGCAAGGAGCCAGCAUAAACUUUUGCUGCGCCCGACCCUAGGCCACCCUCACAAUCGCAAUGAGCUUGUAUCACUGUGUGAUCAGGAGGAGGAGAGAAGGAAGGAAUACAUGGCUGGAGUAGAGGACAAUGCUAAGGCCCUCAGGGAUGCAAUGAAGAGCUGUGGAGAUGACUUUGUGAAACAGCUUGCUACUACCACUGAACAGCUUCUACUCCUACUAGAUUCAGAGCUAACAGUUGAUGAUGUCAUCACCGGCAGGGUUGAUGCAAAGCGUAUGAAGACCAGCGCCCUGAUGCGACGCAAACAAGCAGGGCUCCCACUAGAGGACAAUGAAUAUGUACCACUCAUCAAGCGAGGUAGUCGUCAAUGGGAGGGGCUUCCCCUUAGCAUUCAACCAGAGCCGACGCCCCCUCCUAAGAUAGAAACAUCGCAGACUCCAACUCAGGCACGUAGCCGUAGCAGACUGGCGAAGGGUAAGAAGGUUGAGAGUGAAGUAGCUCCUACUCCGACUACAACAGCAGCUGUGACGACUCAGAAGACUGCAUUAGCACACCAGGCAACCUAUGAUGCAAGGAAUCAUGCAUUCCAGCAAAGCACAACGGACUAUGAGCAGCGCUUGAAGGAGAUCGCCACCAAGCAGGAAGAGCAGACCACGGCGGAAAACAGGUGGACCGGUAGCUGGCAGACAGCCGUCCAGAAAGUCAAAGAUCUCUACUGAAACAAUUCAAUGACUUCACCUUGAGCAUGAACAGAGAAUCACUGGGAGAACUAUGGAACAUUGUAUGGAGCAGCCCAGUGACAUAUUAAACAAACAUAUCCCUACAGAAUAUAUUAUAUUCUUGCAAUUGUGUUUAAAGCCUAUCUGCACUAGUUGGCCAGGAGGGAUUAGACCUCACUGCAUGGUCACUGGCAGGUGGUUAUCUCAUCAAAUCAGCUCUCAAUUUAAAAAAAAGCGGACCAUUGGUCACCGAUUAGGCAUUGUUUGCUAUACAGAGAGUAUAAGUAGUGUAGUGGAGCUUUAAGAAAGUGUUUCCGUGAUCACUUUCCAGCUUCAUCCAUUUAUUGAGUCAAUGAAAGACUUUCAUCUGCACUCUUCCAGUCUAUAAUUAUGUAAACUGUGUUGAUGAUGUCGGCAAAUUCCUACCUUUCUUAUUGUCAUUACACCACAGGACUCACAAACAAUGUGAUCGUGUCGGGGACGCUUCGCAAUACAACACCUCUAAUCUGACAUUCAAGCUUAGCUCUGAUUAUUUGGAGUUUUAGUUGGUUUUGAUUUUUGGAGUUGUGUUUAUUCACCCCUUUUUAUACAAGAAACCCCACUUGCAAUAUAUCAAAAAGUACAUGUUAUAUCUAUAAGACAUAAGCGUAUUGGGUUUAAAAAAAGUUACAACAGGAACAGAAUAUUCAUAUAUUUUAUUUCAUACAUGACAAUUCACGUUUCUCAAGUUGAAUAUAAGGCUUGAGAAAAUGAGGAAUAAUAAUAAUAAUAAUAAUAGCCUAAUAAUCCACUCCAAAUUUUAUUAAACCGAAACGGAUAUUCCUUUUGCCCAAUUGAUCGUAAGCCCGGCAGCAAUAAGUAUCAGAAUGGGCAAACAUACAAUAUUAAAAUAGGUGACGCACUAUAAAAUUAUGAUUGUAGAUGAUAAAUUGCAUCAUCAACUUCCUUUGUAUAGAGUAUGUGUUGUGUGAUGACAUGAAGCAUUAUACCGAAGAACUUGAUCUCUAUCGAGUCACAAUGAAACCACCUUGCUCUCUGUAUAUACUGUAUAUCUAAUAUUGUAUUUUGAUAAGCUGUCCAUAGAUGAAAUUAUAUAAGAUGUACAUAUGUAUAUACUUGCAAAUUCUUUCUAUUUAAAAAUGUUUUGUCUAUUUUAUUGUUGGAUGCAAGUUCAUUGCAACACUGCAAACAUAUUCUUGAUCAUUUGCCAGACAUCUUCUACUUUAUAUCCGUCCAUUGUUAGAUAUUGCAGUGUGUGAAUACAUUACCUUAAAGCUUUAUUCCUGUUCAAUAGUGCCUGAAUUAUCUACAUUCAUGAUUUAUUAUUUUGAUAAUUUUGCACUUCUCUCUCUCUGUACUGGAUUCAUUUGAAGUUGUAUCUUUAUGUUUUGGCUAUGACAUAGUCUUUGGAUAUUAUCAAUGGUCAUACACCUUUCAUUGGCAGUGCAGUGAGAGACUGAGUGCUUUAUUCAAUCUAAGAAGUUUCUUGAUCAUACUAACUGUAUAUACACAUUGCUGGCCAGGAUAGAUAUACAUGUAUAUGUAUAAUGUAGAAUAAAAACUAUUAUUGUCAAUAAACUAUCCUAAAACCU